AUGAUUGUCACUCUUCUUUUUCAAGCUGAGGUCUCAGAUUAUCAAAAGGCCUCGACUCCCAUAAGUUCUCAGGAAAUGACUCACUCUGGAGGGAGCCCCAGUAUUAUGCCUGUGGCAUGGAAUGCAACUUGUGAAAACUGGCAGGCAGUGGAGGCUGCUCUGGAAAAGUACUACCUUUCCAUUUUUUACGGGUUUGAGUUUAUUGUGGGAAUCCUUGGGAAUACUGCUGUUGUUUUCGGCUACCUCUUCUGCCUGAAGAACUGGAACAGCAGUAACAUCUAUCUCUUUAAUCUCUCUAUCUCUGACUUGGCUUUUUUGUGUACCCUUCCCAUGCUGAUGAGAAAAUAUGCCCAGGGAAAAUGGACAUAUGGGGAUGCGCUCUGCAUAGGCAACCGAUAUGUACUUCAUGCUAACCUCUACACCAGUAUUCUUUUCCUCACUUUUAUCAGCAUCGAUCGAUACCUGCUCAUGAAAUAUCCUUUCCGGGAACACUUCCUGCAAAAGAAAAAGUUUGCUGUUUUAAUCUCUUUGGCCAUUUGGGGUUUAGUAACCUUAGAGCUCCUGCCCAUACUUCCUCUCAUAAGUCCUGUUAUAGCUUCCAAAGGCACCAACUGUACUGAUUAUGCAAGUUCUGGAGACCCCAGUAACGUCCUCAUUUACAGCAUGUAUCUAACCUUCCUGGGGUUCCUCAUUCCUCUUUUUGUGAUGUGCUUCUUUUAUUUCAAGAUUGGUCUCUUCCUAAAGCAUAGGAGCAGGCAGCUCUCUACUGCUUUGCCCCUUGAGAAGCCUCUCACCUUAGUCAUCAUGGCAGUUGUGAUCUUCUCCGUGCUUUUUACUCCCUAUCACAUCAUGCGAAACGUGAGGAUUGCUUCACGCUGGGGGAUCUGGAAGCAGACCCCAUGCACUGAGGCCACCAUCAACUCCUUGUACAUUGUGACUCGGCCGUUGGCCUUUCUGAACAGUGUCAUCAACCCUGUCUUCUAUUUCUUUAUGGGAGAUCACUUCAGGGAGAUGCUGAUGAAUCAACUGAGACACCUCUUCAAGUCCCUUACAUCCUUCAGAAGAUGGGCUCAUGGACUAACAUUUUCAGUCAGGGAAAACUGA